CAUUAAUUUUGUUUGUUUUAAAAAUAGUUAUUUUGUUGAUKAUAUCAUAUAUUUUAUUAAAUAAAAAGAAAUCUUUUUAAAUUAAAUCAAUCAAUAAUCAGAAAAUAAAUUAUAAAAGUAUAAGAAGUCAACGGUAGAAAUGGACUCAACCACAGCCCCAGACACUACAGUCAAUGAAGAUGACGAACCAGUGGCCAGUACUUCGGGUUUUAAACGGCCGAAUCCGAAGAAGACGACCAUCGAAAGCCAAUCGUCAUCUUCGAGAGCCGAUUCAACAGACAUUACUGAUGUGGAAGUGGAGGUCGAGUACAGUUCGCAAAGACAAUCAUCAGUUGAUGACGACGUCGACGGACACACCUAUACCAUCACUCAUGUACUGCGAGAAGUUAAUCUGAGCGGAAGGGGAAGAGUUGAUAUGUCUAACUUUGAACUACUCAAAGUGCUUGGAACCGGUGCCUAUGGAAAGGUAUUUCUUGUAAGGAAAGUUGGCGGACAAGACAAUGGAAAGUUGUAUGCAAUGAAAGUCUUGAAGAAGGCAUCGAUAGUCCAAAAACAGAAGACAUUAGAGCACACAAAAACCGAACGACAAGUACUUGAAUCCAUAAGACAGUCACCAUUUCUGGUGACACUUCACUAUGCCUUUCAAACGGCUACUAAAUUGCAUCUAAUUCUCGAUUAUGUUAGUGGAGGCGAACUGUUUACCCAUCUCUACCAACGCGAUCACUUUAAUGAGGAUGAGGUCAGGAUAUAUAUCGGUGAAAUCAUAUUAGCAUUGGAACACCUUCACAAAUUGGGUAUCAUUUAUCGUGACAUCAAAUUGGAGAAUAUCCUACUUGACUCUGACGGCCAUAUAGUUUUGACAGACUUUGGUCUCAGCAAAGAGUUUCUGCCGCAUGAAACCGAUCUGAGAACCUACUCGUUUUGCGGUACCAUUGAAUAUAUGGCACCCGAGGUUGUCAGGGGUGGAUCAGCUGGUCAUGAUUUUAGCGUUGACUGGUGGAGUGUCGGUGUCUUAACCUAUGAACUAUUGACCGGUGCCUCUCCAUUCACUGUCGAAGGCGAACGGAAUACGCAACAGGAGAUAUCGAGAAGAAUUCUCAAAAGUCAUCCACCGAUUCCCGAACAUCUAUCCUAUGAAGUACAAGACCUUAUUAGAAAUACAUUAGUAAAAGAUCCGCGCAAACGAUUGGGUGGCGGAUCAGAAGAUUCAUUAGAGAUUAAAAGACAUCCGUUUUUCAAGUCAAUCAAUUGGGAUGAAUUGGCCAAUCGGCAGGUAAAAGCACCGUUUGUACCAAAAAUUACCGGCGAACUAGAUGUUAGCAAUUUUGCCGAAGAGUUUACAUCAAUGAUUCCGGCCGAUUCGCCCGCCGUUAUUCCGCCCAACGAUGAAAAAAUAUUCAAAGGCUACUCAUAUGUUGCGCCAUCGGUUCUGUUCAGCGAAAAUAUCAUCAGCGACGACAUAUUUUUGGACAGAAAUCAAUUGUAUCAUAAAAAGUCAUUAUUCGCUCCAAAUAACACCAAUACUAAUAGCAAAGAUCUCCUAAACGCUCAAACAAAUGACAGAGACUUUUCACAACUAUUGUCCUCAAAGUUCAAGAGUUCGGCAUUUUUCCAGAACUACGACUUGAAAAUUGAUGCCGGAAUUCUUGGUGACGGUAGUUUUUCUGUUUGCCGUAAAUGUGUCCACAAGAAAUCGGGUAUCGAGUAUGCUGUUAAAAUUGUCAGCCGAAAGAUCGAUACCAGCCGCGAGAUUCAAUUGUUGCGUACAUGUCAGGGACAUCCAAACAUUGUCGAUCUGGUCGAGGUUUUCCAGGACGAAGUUCAUACAUACAUUGUGAUGGAGUUGUGCGGCGGCGGCGAACUACUUGAACGUAUCCGCAAAAAAGACAGAUUUACCGAAGUAGAAGCCGGACAUAUAUUCCGGGGAUUGGCAUCGGCCGUGGCUUUCAUGCAUUCCAAAGGCAUUGUUCAUCGAGACUUAAAACCUGAGAAUCUCCUAUUUGGAAGCCAUUUGCCUAACAGUGAAGUAAAAGUAGUCGACUUUGGUUUUGCUCGGUAUCAGCCAACCGACAAUCAGCUCAUGAAAACCCCGUGCUUUACACUCAAUUAUGCGGCGCCUGAAGUGCUUAAACAAGCAUUGAAUUCCAAAGCCGAUGCCGGAUAUGAUGCCAGUUGUGAUAUGUGGAGUUUGGGAGUCAUAUUAUUCACAAUGUUAUCGGGAAGCGUACCGUUUCAGUCAUACAGUCGUGAGGCGAGUGCCGCCGCCAUAAUGCAACGGAUCCGUGAGGGAGAGUUUUCAUUUUCAGCUCCUCAAUGGGAUCUGGUCUCGAGUCAGGGCAAAAGCGUUAUCAAAGGAUUGUUAACAGUUGAUCCUAAACAACGAAUAACAAUGAAUGAUUUGGUGUCCCAUCCGUGGGUCAUUGGAACAGUUAGAGGCGGCUAUUCAGACACACCACUGAUGACACCGGAUGUGCUCAGCAGUCACUCUAGUGUUGGCAAAGCAACCGAAACGGCCAUCAAAGCCACUUACGAUGCCUUUCAUAUGGCUCGACUCGAAGGUUUUCGACUGUUGGACGUAUCGGCGGCACCGUUGGCCCAGAGACGCAAACUUAAGAAAAGCUCAACUGAUGCGCGCAGCAGUAGCUGUAGUAGCAAUAGUUCGGCGUCGGCUGGAGGUGUCCGCAGCCACGCGGCCAGCUCUUCAUCUAGUUCUUCGACAUCACAGCGAACGCGUUCUUCAUUGACCACACCGACAACCAGUCAUCGACCAAACACUGAAAACGAUUCGGUAUUCAAUUACUCAGAUAGCAAAGUGUCGGCCUAUUUGUCUGGUUUGCCAACGAUUAGUGAUUCAACAGAAGCACAACUACUAAGUCAUAAUCUUUUCUUUGACGAACCAACCAAUUCAUUAAGCAGUGCAACAAUGAGUUCAUUAUUAGACAAUAAUAAUAAUAACUCUCAAUUAGUUGUUUGCGGUCCAAUUGGUGCCUCAAUAGCAUCGACCACAUCGAUUGCGUCGACUGUGUCGACACUAUCGGCUCUAUCAUCGAUGUCCGGUAAACGAGAUCGCGAUGAAAGUAUCGAAAUUAUUGAUGAAUUUAUUUCCGAUAAUAAUAAUAAUAAUAAUAAAAAUUCAAAUGUGAAAUCAUUGGUAAGUCAGAGCUCGAGUUCAACAUCAAAACGACAGCGUCUGAAAACAAUUGUGAUCGACUAAACAAAAAACAAAAAAUCAAUAACUGUCCUCUCAUUUUAUAUCCAUUUCCUUAAACACACACAUCAUUACAUCAUUUGAUGAAUGAAUUUUUCGUCAUUUUUAUUAUUAUUAUUAAUUUUUAUUGAUAAAUGCAAUACUAAUUAAUAGAAUUAUAAUUAAUA